AAUAGGAAAGAAGACUGGAACUCGAUAAAUACUUGCCUCGCAGAGAGCUCGUCCCCACACCUCCAACAAACGGUCCAGGAGUCAUCGUCUCUUCUCAUUUUUCUCCCAGUUGAUUUAGAAUCCAAUCAUUCACCAUGCCUAGCUUCGCUGGAAACUGGAAACUCGCCAACCACGAUUCCUUGGAUGCUGUCCUCGACAAGCUUCAGAUUCCCGCCGACAAGCGCCCUCCCGGCCAAAUCCCACAGCUGGACAUCAGCAUCAAACAGGAUGGCGACAACUUCGAGAUCACCACCACGGCACAACGUGGAACACGUACAACCUCUUUCGCCGUAGGAACACAGUUCGAGACAGAGCUCCUUAUGGGCACCGUGACCGUCAAGGUUACUGCAUCAUGGGACGGUGAUAGUCUGGUCCUUACCGGCGAGAAGGGCGCCAAGCUCAUCCGCCAGAUCGUCGGAAGUCAACUCGUCUCAACCAUCGACGUCGGCGGGACCGUCGCCAAAUUCUACUUCAACAAAGCUUAAAUUGAUAUAGACAUCAUGUCAUCUGCAAUAUGCCUUUGAUGAAGAAAGACUGUAUAUAAUUGUAAACAUUAUCUCAUCUCACGAAUUUAAAAUCACUAGCACUAUUUUUGACCGAAUUCUCGACAACCUCUCAAGGUUAUACCUUUAUUUCAGCAUCGUAACACAUGUUCGACAACAUUCCGGGAUCUCCACAUACUAUCAUCAUUAAUACUUGAAUGGACCGCUUGUAAAUAAAUUAACAAUAUAAAAGUUUA